UAUAUUUGGAGUGUGUCAUUCCUUACAGGGACAUUCUCAUCUCUCCUCGACGAUUAGAAUCCAAACGGGAUUAGAACCUACGUGUUUUUUGUCCCCAAUGUUAACUCCAUUUUUUUUGCCCUAAGGGAUUAAUUGCAGAAAUAACAUUUUCAAACCGUCAUGACUGAGGCAGUCGAAGGUACAGUAUCUGCACAAGUCUAACACGAUUCUCCAGCGCAACCAUGGUCAUCGAGGGCAAGAACGGAGAUGCGGGACACCCUCCGGUCAGGGUGUCCAAGAAGACCGUGACAGACGACCUGUACACCACCUUCAGCUCCCCCAUGGCCUGGAUCCUGGUCCUGGCACUGGUCAUCACCUGGUCCUGUGUGGCCGUCAUCAUGUUCGACUUGAUGGACUACAAGGGCCUCACAGAGCAUACAUUAUACUGUGACGACCCCUGUUUGCCACCUGGGCUGCCCUCACAUCCCGCUGUCAGGAAAGCAAAUAAGGAGUCAGGGAGGUCUAGAGGAAACAUUCAGCAUGUCAGCUCGGAUCCCAUGAAAGUGGUGAAUGGGGCAGUUGAGGAGUCCACUGACUGGGUCAACCUGCUUCUCAACUUUGCCUCCAGCCUGGUAGCUCCUGAGGAGGAGGAAGUCGAAGGUGGAGGACAUCUGGUGAAGAAAAAGGCAGGAUUCUUACCAUCCAGAAAACAAGUUGCAGGGAUGUUUGCAGUGGAACCGGAACCAGUUGCUGAAGUAAAGGUAGAUCUAGAUGCAGAAGAGGAAGAGGAGGAGGAAGAGGAGGAAGAGGAGGAAGAGGAAGGAUAUUAUGAUGAUGAUGAGGAAGAAGAGGAAGAAGAAGAGGAGGAUGAAGAGGAUGAAGAUGAGGAUGAAGAAGAAGAAACUUAUGAUGAGGAAGAGGAAGAAGUUGAGGAGGAGGAAGAGGAGGGGGACGAUGUCGAGGAAGAGGAGGAGGAAGCAGCAGUUGAGGAGGAGGAGGAGGAGGAUGAUAAUGGUGAGGGGGAUGAUGAAGUCGAGGAGAUAGAGGCUGCUGAUGAUGAUGAUGAGGAGGAGGAAGAGCCCAAGGAGGAAGAUGCUUCUUCAGAGGAUGAGAAGGAUGAAGAGGAAGAAGAAGAGGUUGCUCCAGUGGAGGCGGCGGCUGGGGCUGAUAAUAUGAAAGAGGAAGAGGAAGCUCCAGAGGUGACUGGUGAUGAUGAUGAUGAUGAAGAGGAGGAAGAGGCUGCUCCAGGGGUGGCUACUGUUACUGAAGCUGAUGAUGAGGAAGAUGAUGGGGAGAAGGAAGAUUCUGCUGAGGUCGAAACUGAGGCUGAUGAUGAUUAUGAAGAAAUAAAAGAAGAAAAGCAAGGGGCUCCCCUUGUGGUUGAAGUUGACGACACAGAUGCAAAAGCUCCAGCUAGAGAUGAUGGUACUGAGGAUGACACAGAGACUGGAGCUGAACCGGAACCCAUUACCGACAAAGAAUCCAGGGAUGCUCCCGUUUCCACUGCCGAUGUUGACCAUGAUGACCAAGAGGAGGACAUUGAUGACACAGGAGCAAAUAUUGUUGUUGACAGUGAGGAUACAGGAGAGACGACUGGUGAUGUCACUGACAUUUCUGAUGACACGGUCGAUGAUGACGAUGAUGAGUCGAAGGAUGCCACUGAAAAAAAUGCUGAAGAAGAUGAUGACGAUGAGGAAAUCCCACGAAAAGUAAUUGCUAUUUCCACUCCAGAGGAAGAUGAUCUAUCCAAAGAUGAGGAUGAUGAUGAUGACAUUGAUGAACGUCUUUUGACAGGGAUCAUCACUCCGGAAGGACAAAAGAAUGAAGAGACCAGGGCGUCUGCUGAACCAAAGCCCGGAAUGGAUGAAGAGGAGGAGGUAGUGGAGGAAGAGGCACCCGAGCCCCAACCUGAGGAGGAGGUGGAACCUGUCACUGAGCCCAGGAGGGAUGAGGAGAAGGAAGUAGCUCCUGAGACCAAGGAGGAGGUGUUAGCUAAACCUGAGGAGGAGGUAGAUAUGGCAGCUGAUGAACUGAAGGUCCAGAAAGCUUCUCCUCCUGCAGAACAAGUGGCAUGCCCUUGUGUGCAUUCAUCUAUACUACAAGAACCUGAACGAGAGCAAACAAAGCAAAGAGCUAAAAAGGCCACUCCGGAAAGGAAAAAAACAAGGCCUCCUAAAAAGGAACCAGUAGUGAGAACUAAGAGAGAGCGUGACAUGUGCAAACCAGUUGAGAGUCAAAAACAUAGAGAGGCUGCCAGAAAAUUGAGGCUAGAAGAGGCGAUCAAGAAGAGAGAACUCAGACUCAAAAGGGAAAGGAAAGAGAAGUCCACAAAGAAAGAGCAUCAUCAUGUUGAUACAGGGCUGCCAGCAUCAGUACCAGGAAAUGUUCCUACCUGUCAACCAGCACCAGUUUACUGGCCAUCAUCACUCCCUGGCUGGUACUUGCACCAUAUAUUCACAGACACUCCAUUCCCACCUUCAACUGUAACAGCACAUCCAGCUCAGCAGCCAUUUUAUCCUCCAGUUCCUCCAGCUUAUCAAGCUUAUCAAGCCUCUCCAGCUCAACCAGUAUCAGCUCAACCAGUAUCAGCUCAACCAGUGUCAGCUCAACCAAUGUCGGCUCAACCAGUAUCAGCUCAACCAGUGUCGGCUCCACCAGUGUCGGCUCAACCAGUGUCAGCUCAACCAGUGGCUCCAGUUCAACCAGCACCUACACCUGCACCUGGACAACUUUAUCAAAAUCCCCCUGUUUAUCAAGCUUAUCAACCUCCUCCAGUGCCAGCUCAACCAGCAGGUCCAAUUCAACCUGCCACACCAGGACCUGGAUCUGAACCAGCACCACCCUCAGAACCUUUAUAUGAACCAGCACCACCAUCCAAAAUUGUUUCUGAACCAGCACCACCCUCAGAACCUUUAUCUGAAUCAGCACCACCCUCAGAACCUUCAUCUGAACCAGCACCACCUUCAGAACCUUCAUCUGAACCAGCAUCACCCUCAGAACCUUUAUCUGAACCGGCACCAUCCCAACUAGCUCCUUCGACUCAAGUUCCAAAGGAAAAGACCAAGGUAGCUGGCCCAAAGAAGGAGCCUCCUAAAGCAAAAUUGAAGAAGCAAGAACCAGUUGUGUCCAAAGUCAAGGUCAAACCAGCUGGCGUGAAGAAAGAAAUGUUCACCUUGAAAGGAAAGACAAUAUCUACCACAAAGAAGAAAGUUUCAGAUGUUGUACUGACCAAAGACAAAGUAAAAAAGUCAGCUGUUGAGAAAGGGCCGAUGAAAAAAGACAAAAUAACUCCUAUAAAAAAAGAUUCCCCUAAAGCAAAAGUGAAGAAGCAAGAACCUGUUUUGUCCAAAGGCAUGGUCAAACCAGCUGGUGUGAAAAAAGUUUCAGAUGUUGUACUGACCAAAGACAAAGUAAAAAAGUCAGCAGUCGAGAAAGGGCCGAUGAAAAAAGACAAAAUAACUCCUAUAAAAAAAGACUGUACAAAAUCCCAAGACAAAGUCAAGACAAUCACCACCAAGAUAGUUUCAGAUGUUGUAUUGUCCAAAGAUAAAGUAAAAAAGUCAUCUGUUAAGAAAGAGCCUGUGGAAAAAGCCAAAAUAAUUCCAAUGAAGAAAGGGCUUACAGUCUCCAAACUCAAAGGCAAAACAAUCACCACUAAGAAAGAACCGUCUGUGGCAAAAUCCAAAGCCAAAAGGUUACCUGUAAAGAAUGAAGCUGAGCCCCCUAAAGAGAAAGCCUCUCUAAGACACUCAACCAUGAGAAAAGAUAACCUCACAAAUAUACCAGUGCCAAUGGUAAAAGCCACUGCAAGAGUUGCUGCCACAAGACCCAUCUUUACAAGAAAAGCUGAAGACAAGCCAAAAGUACCAGAUGAGAAAGAAGAAAAGGUGAAGAAUCUUAAAACAUCAGAAGAUGAAGUUGAGAAGACUGAGAAGACUGAGAAGAGAGUGGUGAAAGAGGCUACAGAAGGAGACACGAAGCAUCCUGAUAAAGCAGAAGAGUCUCUGGCUGAGGAGAAUGUCACAGACAAGAAAAAAACAGGCCAGAAAGUCUUGCAGUGUGUCUUAAUGGCCGGAAAGAAUACCUACUACCCUAUGCAACCUUUCACCCCUGGCAUAACCCCUGUGUCGAUGAGCCCAGCCAUGCGGUCAAUGAUGAUGCAGCAGGCACAGCAGCAGACACAGCAGCAGAAGGCCAGAGCGGCAGGGCAAUAGAACAGUUCCACACCUCAACGAUGCCUCAGCUACUCCAUCUGCACUGCAGUCUUCACCAGCAGGUGGCACUGUUUGUUUUUACUGCUGUGCCACUGGCUUAAUUGAAAACGCAGGACAAUCAGGGGCUGAAGUGUACGGAAGAAUGGUCAGUACAGUACCAGUAAGGUUCCUAUGACCGGUUGAGCUCCCCGAAACCCCUUUCCAUCACCAGCUUUGCUGCUUUUGUUAUCGCUCAGCAUCAAGUCCUUUGUCAUGUAUGUCUUUCAGCAAAUGUAUUUGUCAUGAACACGAGUGUAGGUUUUGUCUAUAUUACCUUCAGCAGUGAAUUUAUCACUUAUGUAAAUUUCAACUAAAUGCAGUGUAUAUAUGCAUAGAAAUUGUAAUUUAGCUUCAAUCCAGUGUAUAUAAUGUACAUGUUGAUAUUACAUCUUGCGGUUUACAUUUGUUGAAUGGUUACUUGGCAUUCAUCUUUUGCAUCACAACAUUCAUCCCUUUUGUGAUUACAGAACAUGUAUGCACAUAACAUUUUGGGUCAUGCAUUAUCCACGGCAUUGUAAUGUUUCACUUCACCACAUGUUUUGAUUGUUUUGUGAAAACUGUUGCUUGUUUUGGUGCGAAACAUAUCCAUCUCUAUGCUUUGGAGAGAGUGCCAUGCACUGCAGUUAUUGCUCUCUUUAUCUUAUCUGUACAUUGAAAUCCUAAGCCAUAUAUUGACAUUCACAUCAAACCCUGAAAAAGCACAAAAAAACUAAGAAAUAACUGAUAAAGAUUUGUAUUUGCCUAAAAUGUAUUUGUA